UUCUGUGUUUAGAAAUCUGAAAACUUUACAUUACAAACAAUGAUCUUACACAGAUAUAGCUAAACAUCCAAAACCCAUUGCCUUCAAUUUCAAACCCCAUUUCAUUUCAUUUCACCAUUACUCUUCUUUCUCUCUCUCUCUAAAACCCAUUUUCUCUCUCCUCUUCCCCUGUUUUCAAACUUUUUUCCUCCUCUCCUCCAAGAAAAAGAAAUGUUGUGAAUGAAUCUGAUGAAUUUGAGUUUAAGGUGCUUUAGUGGUGAAUGGGUUGCAUGUUCUCUCAAUUGGCUUCAAAAUUUGCCUUCUUUCCGCCGUCGCCGGCGACAUAUCAGAUCAGAAAAGGAGAGGGAGAGGGGGAGGGACGGCUGAGGGUGGUGUCGACGGCGGCGGGGGCGGCGGUGGAGGACAGUUUGUUAGAUGUAUUGAUGAUAGAUACCAAACGUGGGAAUAAGAUAGUGGGAUUUUAUUUGAGGAAUCCUUGUGCGAGACUUACUCUGCUUUAUUCUCAUGGCAAUGCUGCAGACCUUGGCCAACUCUAUGACCUUUUUCUUCAGCUUAAAGUUAAUCUUAGAGUUAAUCUUAUGGGAUAUGACUAUUCUGGCUACGGAGCUUCCACUGGUAAGCCUAGCGAAUCGAAUACAUAUGCUGAUAUCGAAGCAGUCUACGAGUGCCUUGAAACUGAGUACGGAGUCAGCCAAGAAGACUUGAUCUUGUAUGGGCAGUCUGUUGGAAGUGGACCGACGUUGCAUUUGGCUUCUAAAUUGCCGAGGUUGAGGGGUGUCGUCCUGCAUAGCGCAAUCCUUUCCGGUCUACGAGUUCUGUGCCAUGUGAAGUUCACAUUUUGCUUCGACAUUUAUAAGAACAUUAACAAAAUCAAGAAGGUAAAGUGCCCUGUGCUUGUGAUACAUGGCACGGAAGAUGAUGUUGUCAAUUGGCUCCAUGGAAAUGGAUUAUGGAAAAUGUCGAGAGAACCAUACGACCCUCUAUGGAUAAAAGGAGGAGGCCACUGCAACUUAGAGCUUUAUCCCGACUAUAUCCGCCAUCUUUGCAAGUUCAUCCAAGAAAUGGAGAACCUAACCACGAAAAUUCGCCUCAAAAGGAUUCGACAAACACUUCAGCAACAAAAAGGAUCCUGUUGCUGUUCAGUUUCUUGUGAUGGAUGCUGCUGCAAAGUGAAAUGCUGGCAACCAAAAUGCUCGAGACCAAGCUGUCCAAGUUGCUGCCCGGUACGGUUCAAAUGUCCCGUAUCCUGUAAACCCAGAUGCCCAAAAUGCCCGACGCCGAGAUGCUGCUUCAGCUGCCCCUCCACUAGUUGCUUUGCUUGGAAAUGCUGCAGCUGCACUAGUUGUUUUCAAUGGAGAUGCAGUGGCUGUUGUAAAAGCUGUUUUCAAUGGAGCUGCUGUUGUGAAAGAAGGUCCUCCAAUGGUUGAGAGAGAAAGGGGGGGAGGAGCGAGAGGGAAGGAUUUUUCAAUGGUGGGUUUGUAUAGAAUGCUGUGCUUUUGCUAACACCCCUUUCUAAAAUUGUGCAGUAGCUUAUAGAACAAGAGGAAGAAGAUAUUUUUAUCAGAUAAAUUCUUUGGGGGGAGAAGAUUUUAUUUAAUGAUAUUAUUCCUUUCAAUUUGUUA